GGCUGGGAAAAGCCUCUAUUAUACAGAGCGAAACCUUUUUGUUUCGAUAGAGUAGAGGCGGUGGUCUGGUCUUUAACUAGAAUUGAGAGCAAGAAUCUGUAUUGAUACAGAUAUGGCAACACAAGCGCAGCAACAACAACAGUGGAUGGUGAGCGCUCAGGCUCAAACCCAUUAUCAUCCUCCUUCAACAGCAACACCUACUAGUGCUUCUUCAUCAUCACUACCCUAUCAUCAACCCACCACUCUCGAAGAAGUUCGUACCCUCUGGAUUGGCGAUUUACAGUACUGGGUCGAAGAGUCCUACCUCCAUAAUUGCUUCUCUCACACUGGAGAGGUGGUUUCGAUAAAGGUAAUACGUAACAAGAUCACUAGUCAGCCAGAGGGUUACGGAUUUGUGGAGUUCAAUUCACAUGCAGCAGCUGAAAGGGUUUUGCAGACAUACAAUGGGACACAAAUGCCUGGAACUGAGCAAACUUUUAGGUUAAAUUGGGCUUCCUUUGGGAUUGGAGAAAGACGCCCUGAUGCUGGGCCAGAGCACUCUAUCUUUGUGGGGGAUUUAGCACCUGAUGUUACAGAUUACUUGUUGCAAGAGACCUUUCGAACUCAAUAUCCAUCUGUUAGAGGUGCCAAGGUCGUGACUGACCCAAAUACUGGGCGCUCAAAGGGAUAUGGUUUUGUUAAAUUUGCUGAUGAAAUGGAAAGAAACCGUGCUAUGUCUGAAAUGAAUGGUGUCUAUUGCUCAACUAGGCAAAUGCGUAUCAGUGCAGCAACACCGAAGAAGACCACUGGCUUUCAACAGCAAUAUGCAGCAGCUAGAGCUUUAUAUCCACCUCCAGCUUACACGCCAGCAGUGCAGACAAUUCCAGUGGAUAAUGAUAUUAAUAACACUACAGUUUUUAUUGGAAACCUGGACCCCAAUGUCACAGAAGAGGAACUGAGGCAAAUAUUUUUGCAGUUUGGGGAAAUUAUCUAUGUGAAGAUCCCCACAUCAAGAGGAUGUGGUUUUGUGCAGUUUGCAGCUAGGGCAUCUGCUGAAGAAGCAAUCCAAAGGAUGCAGGGAACAAUGAUUGGUCAACAAGCGGUCCACCUUUCUUGGGGCAGGAGUCCAACACCUAAACAGGAAUUACCUGGUGUCUGGAGUCAGCAAGCAGAUCCAAGUCAAUGGAGCAGCACCUAUUAUGGUUACGGACAAGGUUAUGAUGCCUAUGGUUAUGGGACUACACAUGAUCCUUCAUUAUAUGCAUAUGGUGCAUACCCUGGUUACGCGCAGUACCCUCAACAGGUAUGACGCUUUUAAAGAACAUUGUUUUUUCCCUUUUGCUGGAUGUGCU